GUCUGUGUGUGUCCAUUUGUAUCUGGGCCUUCAUGCAUUUGUGUACUUGUGUGACUUAAGACAACCAGGAUUGGCAUAGACGCUGGAACACAAGCACCGUUUUUGGACCGUUACGCCUCCUGACUUCCUGAUUCCUUGGCCUUGGUCAUGGUCACCGGCUCUACCCACAAUGCCUGUGUUUUACUCACCUGUUCCCGAGAACCUGCAGAUGGGUCUGGCCUAUAUGGGAGGCUCUGUGUUCACCAACAACAGGACAGCGGACAGCGACUUUACCAGGGAGCAGGAGGACGCCUCUGUGAUCAACGAGCUGGUUUCUCACCUUCCCCUACAGAUGCUUCUCUACUUCAACAUGUUUUAUUUUCCCUGUUGGUGGUUUUCUGCCGUUUUCAUGUUGGAAGUAAAGUUCUAUUAUCUUCCCGGGUACUACCAGGCUCUGCUCAUAACCGGGAUGAUCCUCCUCACAAUCAUUGAAGUGGUCCGGCUUUAUCUGGGCUACAUUGGCAACCUGAAAGAAAAGGUGCCAGAGCUGGCAGCCUUCUGGAUCCUGUCCUUCAUGUUCCAGCUGCCAGUGCUGCUGUUCUUCCUGACCGAUGAAGGAAUUAUCAUCCUGCCUCUGGAGAGAGCCGUCCACUCCCUCUACCUCCUCUUCCUGCUCUCCGAGAUCCUGGCCUCUUUCCUGGCGCUCAGGACCAUGACUCGAAAGCUCACCUUGCUCUUCCAUCUGCGCCAGUUUGGCAAGGUGGAGAGCCUCCACCACGGAGGGAUGAGCCCUGUCUACGGGCUGCCCUACCACCGCGGCGUGCUGCCCGUGUCACCCACCCAUAACAUGUACCAUUAAAGUAAAAAUCAAUUGUCAAUUAACCUUACACUGUUAGAUAUUUUCAAUUUGGUGUGUCUAAGCAUUCUAAUUAACAGUACAGUUUACUUACUGUUCCGAAAACUGCAUUAUGUGCUUUAAAGGUGCAGUGUGUAGGAUUUGGCGUCCGUAUGUAGAUAUAAACUGUUCAUUCUAAAGUAACGACAACACAAUUUCUGUUUUUCAAGUGACUAUACACUAAAGAAAACAUACUUUUUUUCUGCCAAUAGAUCCCCCUAAAAGUUACACACUGCUCCUUUAAGUUUCCCAGAAUUCCUCUCUGUAACUGCCUGAGAAUGAAAGUGAGUUGGCAUUGUGAGCAUUAAAGGUGCUAUCAAUAACAUUGAUAACAUUCAGCCGCUAGAUGUCACAUUCUCCCUCCCCCGUUCCGUUGCAUUUACUUCACAACAGGUGGUUGCCAGGCGCUUACCAUCAUUCUCAGUCAUUUAUCCGUUUUUACCACACUAACUGACGACACAGAGAUACCACUUGAUACCAACAUCGUUUUACUAUUGGCUCACAAGCCUCGUUAGAAGUGGGAACCAAAUGUCAGAGAUCGUCCACAAAGAUAAACAAAGCAUUCAUUUUGGACCCGCCAAAAAAAUUUUAAAUGAUCGAUUCACAAUCUUUUUUUUUUUUUUUCAGGAAAAGCCAUACUUUUAUUCAUCACUUUUCUAAAAGCUCUGUGGAUGUAUUAUUUUAAAAGGAAAUUUGUCUACAAAAUUGUUAUCAAUUAGACCUUUAAAUAAAGAUAUACAACUAUUUUGUAAAA